UUGAAAUAUAAAAUCGAUUGAGCUGCGUGGUGAAGUGAGAAUUUAGUGAAUUUGGUGAAAAUGAAAUCUGCAAAAUCGAAACAGAGACUAAACGAUAUGCGCACUCCGGCUAGAAGUAAACAGAAUUUGAAUCAGGGCGAGAGAGACCCUGUUCAAGUAUUCUGUCGAUUACGACCUAUGCAACGAGAUAACGAUAGUUCAUGUAUAAAAAUUAUAUCUCCUACUACGGUCUUGAUGUCCCCGCCAUCUACAGCAAUAAGUUACAGAAAUGAAGGUAACAAAACUAUGAAGUACACUUUCAAAGAAGUAUUCCCGCCAGAAGCAAACCAACAAGAAGUAUUUGAUAAAGUGGCCUUACCUUUAGUAGAAGGUUUGAUUAAAGGUAAAAAUGGCUUAUUAUUUACAUACGGCGUCACCGGCAGUGGAAAGACAUUCACCAUGACGGGCGAACCAUUAAACUGUGGUAUUUUACCUAGAUGCUUAAACAUUAUAUUUAAAACUAUCAACGAACUUCAAGCCCAUAAAUAUAUCUUUAAACCUGAUAAAAUGAACAUGUUUGAUGUUCAAUCGGAAGCCGAAGCUAUGUUGGAAAGGCAGCAGGAGUUACAUAAAUUCAAAAGUGGUAGGAAAAACAAUUCAAAUCCUGAUUUAGCCAUGUCAGACACCGAUGUAACUAAGAUUUCUGGUGUGAAUGAAGAUAACCAAUAUGCAGUGUUUGUUACAUAUGUAGAAAUAUAUAACAAUAGCGUUUUUGAUUUGUUGGAGGACGGGCCAGCCAUCAGUAAGAAUUUACCAGUGAAAAUUAUAAGAGAAGAUGCAGCUCAUAACAUGUAUGUGCAUGGAGUAACGGAAAUAGAAAUAAAAUCUGCAGAGGAAGCGUUUGAUGCAUUCUAUUUAGGAUUGAAAAGAAAACGAAUGGCUCACACAACUCUAAACGCAGAAUCGAGUAGAAGUCAUUCUGUUUUCACAAUCAGAUUGGUGCAGGCACCUGUAGAUGAAAUGGGCGAGGCUGUGAUACAAAAUAAGAAGUUCCUAUCUAUUAGUCAGCUCAGUCUUGUUGAUUUAGCUGGAAGUGAACGUACUAACAGAACUAAAAAUACUGGUCAAAGAUUGCGAGAAGCUGGUAAUAUUAAUAAGUCAUUAAUGACAUUAAGAACUUGCUUGGAAGCAUUACGAGAGAACCAAAUUAAUGGAACAAACAACAUGGUACCAUACCGAGAAUCAAAAAUAACCCAUUUAUUCAAAAAUUUCUUUGAAGGAGAGGGUCAAGUCAGAAUGGUUGUAUGCGCUAAUUCAAGGGCUGAAGAUUAUGAUGAGACUCUCCAGGUUAUGAGGUUUGCUGAAAUGGCGGCAGAGGUUGAGGUUGCAAAACCACAAAUCACUGACGUUGCAGCUACAAUUGGCUUAAUGUCUGGUCGGAGAAAAGCUAACAGGCUAUUUAACACAGCUAGAGACAACAUUAUUAGACCCGAAGCUAAGGAUUUGGAGCUUGACUUAGGCCUUGUUUACAGCCUUGGCCCUGACUUUCCUAGUCUAGAAUUAAAUAGUUCCCAGGCAUCUCAUAUUAUCAAAGAACUAAUGGCACAUUUGGAAAUGAGAAUAAGUCGCAGGGAAACUUUAAAACGAAGCAAAGCUCUUAAGGAUGAAAGAUUGAGAUCAGCGUUGUUGGAGUUAGAAAAAGAAUCCUUGGAAGUCAGGAGUGAAAAUGCCUCGUUGCGUGGUCAGUUGGCUUCAGCGGAACGACGUGUACGAGCUCUUGAAGAAAGGUUAACAGCGACAGAGAAUGCAUCCGUUGCCCAUCAGAGAAAACUAGCUGAAAUGACCGAAUAUACUACUUCCCUUAAACGAGGAUUGCAAGAAAAGGAAUUACUUCUUAGCCAAAACAAAUUAGAUAAAGAGAAACAGAAAAAAAUAUUGGAACGUAAAUAUCACCAUAAAAUUGCUGCUGAACACGAGAAAGCUAAAGAAUUCAACUGUGAAAAGGAACGCCUACGUUAUGCAAUUGAAGAAAAAGAAAAUCGCUUAAGAAUCAUAGCUGAGGCAUUAAAUGGUGACAGAGGAGACAAUAUUGAAAUGCCUAAAAUGACUGGAGACAUGGCUGCUCAGACCAGCGCAAGAGAUUUUACGCCCGGGUCCACACCAAGAGCAUUGCCAGCUCAUUUACUGACGCCAUUUAGCUCUGUGCCACACACAAGGGAAACUCGUGAGACCCCAACAUCAUCACGCCGUGGCGUAGCUAUCGCUAACCCUCGUCACAGACGUUCGCUCUCCGCAGACGGUAAAGGUUGGGUUGAACACGCGCCAAGCAAAAUAGUUCCAAUGGGAACAGUUUUGAAACCAAAUAUAAACAACAGCAAAUUCGUUAAUAAACUAACCAACGUUAAAGACAUUGCUAACUCCAAGUCAUCGAAAUAUUGUCUUAUUUCUCAAGAACAAGAUACGGAUGGUGAAUUAGAGACAAAAUUAUACAAGGGAGACAUUGUACCGACUUGCGGUGGGGGAGCCCAAGUGAUAUUCAAUGAUGUGGAAAUGUUGAAACAGUUUUCGCCGACAAAAGAUCGUGAAUCGUCUAGAAGGACAUCCGGAACUUGUGCAAGACAUUCCGCUAAAAGACGGGAAACAGGCUGCUCCCCUCCUCAGACCCCCUCAAACACGAGUAAAAAGCAGAGAGUUGAUGACGAUUAAUUUGAUGUGCAGUCGAAAUUGAAUUAACUUUCGACCAAAGUAUUAUGAUUUAACGACGGAAGUGUAAUAUACGCUUCCUGCUCAGCUCCUUCACAUCAAUUUAAAUUGGUUUAUAGCUCUCAACAAUUUGGGAUGAACUUGAAGAGUUGAAACGAUAAUAAUUUAAGCUGUGACAUUAUUGAUACUUAGAAUAUUAUACCUCAUAUAUUAUGUUUUAGUUUAGUAGAAAAAAAUAUCUUUGUCUAAAUAAACUUCAGUGAGUCUAUGGUAGCACUAC